AUGAAGCUCUAUAUAUUUUUGUCCUAUAUCGUGGUCAUAUACGGAGCGGAAAUAAGCGAUGAAGAGUGCGAUGGAGUUACUAUCGACGGCAUAUAUUACGACAAGGAGGUCCUGAAAACAGAUCUAGAUCGACCGUAUUCUUUAGCCGUGGACUUCGGCACCAACGUUCUAUAUUUCAGUAGCAGCGUUCAGGAAACCGACGACAUCUUUAAAACUGCCAAGAUCAACCUUUACACGAAGGAUUUCGCAGAACUGGACGGAGUAGAGAACGGCUUCGUGCAGACAGUGGAUCAGAAAAAUCACGUACCUUACAUCGGCAGCUCAAAAGGUAUCUUCAAAUACGGUUACACAGAUAAUACAGCCAAACUGUUCGCAGCACAUGACAAAGAUAUAUGGGACAUAUACUUCAAAGAUAUUUUGUACUAUUCUGAAUUUCCUUCGCUAUUUCUUUACACAGUCAAGGAAGGUCAAACAGAGCGGUUUAAAGAUCUAGAAGAUACCAAAGUAAUACAUUUUGCUAUCGAUGACGAAGACGAUAUGUUUUACACUAAUGGUACCGGCCUGUAUAGUCAGAAAAAAAAUACAAAAGACUCAGUUCUAUACAAAGAGCUGAAUAAUGGUGAAGGUGUUAGAGGGAUAACGACUGAUGUGAAUGGAAAGGUAUAUAUUUGUAUCACUGAUGGAAUAUAUAAGGUUAAUAAAUAUACAAUCACUCUGGAGAAAGUGGUUGACGUGGACGAUGCGUUUGGAGUUGCUUUCGACGGUAACAAUAAUAUUGUUUAUGCUGACGCUACAUCGUUGAUUCAUCUCAAACCUAGCAAGAAUAAAAAUUGUUAA